CUGAGGAUUCCAUCGUGAACUCUGACCCCUGCACACGACCAACUGCCGUUCAGAUUCAACUGUCGACGGCAGCGAGCAGAGGCGGUCUACAGAUUGGAAGAUUUUUUCGACAAUGGCGUCCACUGGACAGACAGAAGACAGCGAGGAGGAGAAGAGGGAAGACAAGAGGAAGAGGGAAGAGGAGAGCAUCCCUGGAUCCAGCGCCUCAAGGAAGAGGAGAGCAACCGAGGAGAGCGGAUCGGAGGAUGAGGGGCUGACAUCAGACAGCAGCCAAGACUCUGACACGUCCAGCCCCUAUGCCAGGCUUACCAUCAGCCGCUUCACCAUCCACCAGGUCUUGGGCAGGGGCAGCUUUGGCAAAGUGGUCCUGGCAUCAGUCCCUGGCCGAAACAUCUACACGGCCGUCAAAAUGAUCGACAAAAAGUGGGACAAUGCAGAUACCAUCACGAGAGAGCGGCGGAUACUCCUGGCCACCAGAGCCUGCCCGUUCCUAUGCCACCUGUAUGCCGCACAUCAGUCUCAGGAGCGGGCAUAUUUCAUCACGGAGUAUCUGUCCGGUGGCAGCCUGGAGGCUUUGAUCAAUAUGUGCGGCUACCUGAAUACAGACAGCGUAAGAUUCUACACAGCAGAGCUGGUAUGUGGCCUCCAGUUCCUCCAUGGACACAACAUCGUCCACCGAGAUCUGAAGCCGCUUAACAUCAUGUUGGAUGCAGAUGGACACAUCCGUAUAAUCGACCUCGGGCUGGCCCAAGAUGGUGUCACCACCUCCAAUAAGAUCCGUGGAGUGACGGGAAGCCUUUAUUACAUGGCCCCCGAGAUACUUCUUAGGAAAAGUUACUGCACAGCAGUUGACUGGUGGAGUCUGGGGAUUGUGGUGUCCAGGAUGGCAUCAGGACACCACCCAUUUCACUAUGGCCCCUUCCGAAAGACGGCUCGCACAGCCAUUACCACCCAUGAGCCAAACAUUCCAUCUUGGCUUCAUGCUGAUGUGCAACAUCUUGUUGCAAAACUGCUGUGCAAGAAACCUAAGAAGCGUCUCGGUGUGCGUGGCAAUAUACGGAGGCAUCCACUGUUUUCCACCAUCGGCUGGAAGGAACUGGAGGAGAGGAGGGCACGGCCGCCAUUCACACCAUUUCAGCGGGUUCUGGAGAAGCAACAUCUGUGUUGGCCGAAGGAUAAAAAAGCCCAUCACCCCGUGGCCGAAUUUAGCUACAUGUCACCUAGCUGGGCCCGGUGGAUGAGAAGAUCUGGGCUGUGAAGGAGUCCACGACCAUCUGGAUGAAAUCCUGCCAACCUCCCAGAACUUUGUGCCUCCUCCUGACCAAUGCCUCAUGUGAUUGCUGUUCUGUCACCUCGGCUGCCAUGAAAUCUCAUC